GACGCCAUUUCAAAAAUCGCAAUUUGGUCUUGUAAAAAACAAGACAACUCUCUCUCUCAUUCACCCAACACUCUAACUCCAUCUUCUUCAAUCUUUUCUUUACUCUGUUCCAAAAAAUUAACAGCACACACAACACAACCGGAAGAAGAUGCAGACUCGGGCUGCUGCAAAGAGAAAGGCAAUCGCUGACACCGUAGUAGUCACGGUUGAGAAACAACACCCCAAAAAGCAAAGGGUUGUGUUGGGUGAACUUACCAAUAUUCCAAACCUUAUUCUCCCCGAAACUCAAUGUCCGCGCAAAGAGAAACUCCAAUGUCGGAAGAAUCCCAAUGUCAAGAAACCAUCUCCCACAAACAACACCCUUUCUUCCCCCCACAUUGAUGAACCUUAUGUUUCCGACAUCAACGACUAUCUUUGUGCAAUGGAGAUGCAGAGAAAGAGAAGACCAAUGUUUAACUACAUGGACAGAGUUCAGCACGUGGUUACUGAAAACAUGAGAGGAAUAUUGGUGGAUUGGUUAGUGGAAGUUGCUGUGGAGUACAAGCUUCUCUCAGAAACCCUUCAUCUAUCUGUGUCAUACAUUGAUAGGUUUUUGUCUAUUAAUCCUAUGGGCAAAUCGAGGCUUCAGUUGCUCGGUGUUUCUUCCAUGCUCAUUGCUUCGAAGUAUGAGGAAGUUAAUCCACCCCGUGUUGACAAAUUCUGCAGCAUUACGGAUAACACUUAUAAAAAGGCAGAGGUUGUAGAGAUGGAAGCUAAAAUACUUGCGGCCCUAAAUUUUGAAAUUGGAAAUCCUACUGCAAUCACUUUUCUAAGGAGGUUUUUGGGUGUUGCUUCUGAGAACCAAAAAAGCCCAAAUUUGAAGAUUGAAUUUCUGAGCUUCUAUCUUGCUGAGCUAAGUUUGAUGGAUUAUGAUUGUAUAAGAUUCUUGCCUUCUACCGUGGCUGCGUCAGUUAUAUUUCUGGCCAGGUUUAUUAUCUCGCCUGAAGUGCAUCCUUGGACAUCUUCCCUGUGUGAAUGCUCGGGUUACAAACCUAUUGAGUUGAAAGAAUGUGUCCUCAUCUUGCAUGACUUGUAUUUUUCAAGAAAGGCUGAGUCCUUCAAAGCUGUUCGGGAGAAAUACAAGCAACCCAAGUUCAAAUACGUGGCAAACCUGCCUUCCCCUCCAUUUGUACCAAGUUAUUACUUUGAAGAUCAGUGAUGCAGUGGGAGUUUCUUGAUAAAUAUAACUCAUGUUGACAAAUAGACUAUUUUUGAAGUAGUUUACUCUUAUGGCUAUUAAUUUAGAAUCUGUGCAAAAGUUAACAGCAUUUUGGCAAUUAACGUAUCUGGAUAGGGAUCUCAAAUCACUGAUGCUUUUUGCGAGCUGCUUGUUCGACGAUAAUCUAAUAUAGUUGGACUACCAAUGGCAAAGGUCUUCUAUUAUCAAGUUGUGUAUUGAAGGAAAGAAAGUACUAAAAUUAGGGAACUAAAUUAAGUGUUGUAACUAUGAUCAGGUAUCAGAUUUGUUGGUAGUUCCUAACUUCCGUAUCAAUUAACAUGAAUAUCUUUGUGGUUAGCUUUUA